UCGAGAGGCUGAACACUAGCACACUGGGGCAAGGCUUCCUGGAGGGGUGUGGCGCGGGCGUGGCGCAGGCGGGGCCUGGCCUGUGAUGCCCAUUUAGUCUCUCACUGUCCGCGGCUUUAUGCGGCGCUGGAGCCCGCCCACCUGAGAAGGUAGCUGCUGGCGUUCGUCACGCAGAGUUCUGCGCUUGACCGGCGGGCCUGCCUGGGGCUGGCUGCCCUCAGGAGCGCGUUCGGAGACUGGAAGUGAAGUCAGAUGGGUGUCGGUGAUUACCCCAUGGCAGUGUCAUUUCAUUGGCUCAGCAGUAACUGUAACUUGGAAGCCACCUUCAGAAUGAAGAGGAAUAAUUUCUCUGCCGUGAAUAAGGUUGUCCAGUCGUCACCAGUAGUGAAACAGCCCAAACGUGGGCUCUGCUCUUCCCUCCGCCAGACCCAUGCGCUCUCUGUCCUUCUGGACUGGGGGACUUUACCUCACCAUGUCAUAUUACAGAUCUUUCAGUACCUUCCUUUAAUAGAUCGAGCCCGGGCUUCGUCCGUGUGCAGGAGAUGGAAUGAAGUAUUCCACAUCCCUGAUCUUUGGAGGAAGUUUGAGUUUGAGCUGAACCAAUCAGCAACUUCUUAUUUCAAGUCCACUCAUCCCGACCUCAUUCAACAGAUCAUCAAAAAGCACGCUGCACAUCUUCAGUAUGUCAGCUUUAAGGUUGAUAGCAGUACUGAGUCGGCAGAAGCCGCCUGUGAUAUCCUUUCUCAGCUGGUAAAUUGUUCUAUCCAGACCUUGGGAUUGAUUUCAACAGCCAAACCAAGUUUCAUGAAUGUGCCCAAGUCUCACUUUGUGUCGGCACUUACGGUCGUGUUUGUCAACUCAAAAUCGUUAUCAUCGAUUAAAAUUGAGGACACGCCAGUGGAUGACCCUUCCCUGAAGAUUCUUGUGGCUAACAACAGUGACACCCUUCGACUCCUCAAAAUGAGUAGCUGUCCUCACGUUUCAUCUGAUGGGUCAUGCCACUAUGGUAUCAGCGGGCACUUUUUGCCUAGUGGAGGUUGCAGCACGCAGGAUUCAUAGCUGGGUAAGACUGUUGACCCCGCCCAGCACCUCAAGCCUUUGUAGCACGUGGAAGCUUUAUGAAAGAUACCUUGCCGGAUAUUGCAUCUCUGUUUCAGCGUGGUUUGUCUGCAUCCUGCCGCCAGAGCACGUGCUCCAGCCUCCGGGGUCUCCUUCGCUUUCUCUCUCGAAUGUUUUGAAGUUUUCAUGGAUGUUGUUUUUGCUUCCCUGGUUUGGUUCAUUCCAGGGUGUGCAUGGGGCAAGGGCAAUUGUGAACGUGUUGCGAACGUGAUUUCUUCCUCUGCACAUUGGUUACUGGUAUGUAGGAAAGGGGAUUGACUUCUGUUUGUUCGCUUUGUACCCUGCCACUUUCUGUCGCCGUUCAUCAGCUCUGGAGGUUUCUGGUAGAGUUGUGUGGAGAAGCAUGCCAUCUGCCGGGACUUUCCCUCCAUCCCUGUUGUCUUGAUCGGGGAAUCUAUCUGUUGCUGUGAGAAAACGCAGUGACCAGAAACUUGGAGAAGAAAGGGUUUCCUUUAUCUUCCAGCUUGGAGUCCGUAUCCAGAGACAUCAUGGCAGGAACUCAAGGCAGGAACCCGGAGACAGGAAAGGAUACAGAGGUCACAGAGGAGCAAGGAAUGCUGGUUAAUGGCUGGCUUCCUGUGGCCUGCUCAGCCUACAUUUUAUACACCCCACGACCACCUACCCAGCAUGGCUCCACCCACAAUAGGCUUGGCAUUCCAACAUAAAUCACUAAUUAAGAAGAUUUACCUCAGGCAUACUCACAGGUCUGUCUGAUGGGGGUAUUUUCUCAGUUGAGAUUACCUCUCCCCACAUGACUCCUGUUUGAGUCAAAUGUGCCACGAAACUUCUAGCAUGCUCAUUUAUAUUCCUUUAUUUGCAUCUCUUUCUAAUGUUGUACGGUUUCUAUUCCGACAGCAAGAGAGGAGAAAGUGAGCAGCCUUGCUCUGUUCCUCGUGUUAGUCAGAACGACUUGGCGUUUUCCCAUUCCUAUAAAGUCAGCUAUAGGUUCAUCAUAUGCAGCCUUCAUUCUGUUGAGAUACAUUUCUUUGGUUGCCAGUUUCUUCAAGACUUUUAUCAUGAAGUGUAGCUCUUAUUUGCUACAUGGUGGGUUCUCUUUUCCCCACCCUUUAUCCCCCCCCCUUUUUAACUCCUAAUAGUAAAUAAGAGAGAAAGAAAGAGAUCCUUGAAUCUACUUUUUUCUUCUUUUGUUUCUUAUUUGAGCAACAAUAUUAACAAACUACAACCAACCUCCCCCCCCAUUUCCAAAGACCAACAAUGGUCCUGCCUCUCGGGGUCCUCGUAUUUAUACACCCCCUGAAAAAGUUCCCAGAAUUCCAGACAUCAUACAGUUGCAGAAACUAUCAGCAGCUGGCAAAAACACACCUCUGCUAGAGCAUGAGGCAAAUCACAGUCAGCUGCUGCAGACAGUCUGAAGCAGCCCCGGGAUCCCUCAUGUCCCCAUGCCUGGUUCUUGUCACUGCAAUGGAGGAAUGGGGCAUUUUGUCAAAACCCCUUUCCAACUUGUUUGAGACAGGGCAUCUUGCUUGCCACAGUGUACACCAGGUCAGGUGGCCCAGGGGCUUCUGGGACAUUCCUCAUCUCUGCGGUCCAUCUAGGAGUCCUAGAAUGGCAGACACAUGGCCACAUCCAACCUCACACGGUCUGGGGUCCUCUUGGCAGCACAGCAAACUCAUUAACCCCUGAGGUUUGCAGGUAUUUGGUUGAGAAUUUUGGCAUCCGUGUUCAUCAGGAAGGUGGGUCUGUAGUUUCUUUUUUCUUUUCUAGUUAAGUUUAAAUUAACACUUCAAAGGAGUGGGUCUUCUCACAUAGACACGUGGCUAUUAUUCUUUGUGCCUGUUUGCCUGCCUCCUCCCUUGGCCCCCUCCCUCCACCUCCCACCCCUCUGCUUUCAUGUCACCGGUACCCCUCCUCUCUCUCCUGUUUUCCCCACGUCUUUCUUCCUUUUCCUAGCCCUCUCUCAUGCUACAUAGAUUUUUUUUUCUUCAGCUAUCCGAAGCUAAGGUCAUCUGGGAAACGGGAACUUCAGUUGAGAAAACACCUGUGGGCUGGAGAGAUGGCUCAGCAGUUAAGAGCACUGACUGCUCUUCUAGGGGUCCUGACUUCAAUUCCCCCAGCAACCACAUGGUGGCUCACAACUAUCUGUAAUGGGAUCCGAUGCCCUCUUCUGGUGUGUCUGAAGAUAGUUAUGGUGUAUUCAUAUACAUAAAAUAAAUAAAUCUGACACACACACCCAGAGAGAGAGAGAGAGAGAAGAGAGAGAACACCUCCAUCAUAUUGGCCCAAAGACAAGUCUGUGGGGCAUUCCUUGAUUAAUAAUUGAUGUGGUUCUACUGCAGUGGCACCACCUCAGGGUGGGUGUCCCUGGGUGGAAAAGCAGACUGAGUGAGUCAGGGAAGCCAACUGAUAAACAGCAUCCUCUGGGUCCCUGCUGUGUCUUCCCUCAAGAUGGACUGUUAUCUAGAAGGAAACUGGGACACCUUUAGGACAUGUGCUCUCUCUCUCUCUCUCUCUCUCUCUCUCUCUCUCUCUGUGAGUUUAUAAACUCUGAGUGUGUUAGAAAGUGAAGUGUGAAAUGUAUCUUUCUGAAUCUGUCUGAUUACCUGUAACAUGAUUUCCGGGUUGAUUCAUUUUGUUGAUUAUGUCACAAUAUCAUUCUCCCUUACGACUCAGUAAAAGUCACUGUUUGUGUGUGUGUGUGUGUGUUCCUCAGUUUCUUUUUUUUCCCAUUUUUAUUAGGUAUUUAGCUCAUUUACAUUUCCAAUGCUAUACCAAAAGUCCCCCAUACCCACCCUGUUCCUCAGUUUCUUUACCCAUCCAUCUGUGAUGGACACCUAGGCUGUUUCCCUGUCUUGGCUGAUAGGAGUGGUGUGUCAGUCCACAUGGUUGCCCAAGUCUCUGGUAUGCUGAGUUGGCCUUUUGGGUGGAGUGGCACCCCUUUGUAUCCUCCCUUCCACAGCAGUGUAUAAGGGUUUGGGGAAAACUUAAAUUAACUUACACACAGAAAAUGAUAUAUUUUAGCAACCAUUUUCUCAAACAUCAUUACUUAUCCUUUGCGUAGUAAAAUAACAGAAAAUUUAAAUUUACAAAGUCUGUUUUAGAAUCCGUGCGAUUCUUUGUGCAUAAGGGUUUCCCCCAACUUCCCGCAGGGAUCCUCUGUGUGGCGGACCACUGUCAGGGCCUCCGAGAGCUGGCCCUGAAUUACUACAUUCUGAGCGACGAAAUUCUCCUUGCGCUCUCCAGCGAGACUCACGUGAACCUCGAACAUCUCCGGAUAGACGUUGUGAGUGAAAACCCGGGGCAGAUCAAGUUCCAUUCUAUUAAGAAACGCAGCUGGGACGCACUGAUCAAACACUCCCCGAGAGUGAACGUCGUCAUGUACUUCUUCUUGUAUGAAGAAGAGUUUGAGGCAUUCUUCAAAGAGGAAACCCCCGUCACUCACCUUUAUUUCGGACGUUCAGUAAGCAGAGCCAUCCUGGGCCGGAUAGGUCUUAACUGCCCGAGGCUGAUCGAGUUAGUGGUGUGUGCCAAUGGCCUUCUGCCCCUGGACAGUGAACUCAUCCGUAUUGCCAAGCAUUGUAAAAAUCUAACCUCCUUGGGCCUGAGUGAGUGUGAAGUCAGCUGCAGCGCAUUUGUAGAGUUUGUGAGACUCUGUGGCAGAAGGCUCACCCAGCUGUCUAUCAUGGAGGAAGUUCUGGUCCCUGACGACAGGUACACCCCAGAUGAAGUCCACACUGAAGUCUCUAAGCACCUGGGAAGAGUGUGGUUUCCGGAUGUGAUGCCCAUCUGGUAACCAGCUACCAAAGAUGCUGAAUUUUCUGUUAGUAGGGUUAGCUAUUGUCCGUGUUACACAAAUGUAAAUUUUGAGAGGAGCUGCUCAAGUAAUUUAGGUUAAAUAUUUGCUGUUUGCAAGUUAUCUUAAUUGGUUGCUGCAGAAUCAUUUGAAAACAAUAUAACAAAUUUGAACAGAGAUCUUUGUCAGUAGGACACAGAUACUGUGUGUAUUAGAUGUUUAAUAGGGUAGACUACAGAUGUCUAAGAUGUGUAUAGACUUCUCAACCUUUACAAGCCUAUUUUAGCUUACUAAGUAAAUUUACAUUAAACUUAUAACUAAUAUAUAA